AAUUUAGUUACAGAGAACAGAACACGCGACUAUGGCAUAACAUAAAACGUUGAGGUUGUCUUCUCCCUCUUCUCUCUGUGCUAAACAAACACCAACCUCAGUUACGGUUAAUCGAACCGUUUGAUCAGUUGAGGUCAUGGCGUUGUGGCACCGAAUCGGAAAGGCGAAGCUCAGAACCCUCUGCAUCCAAUUCCAACGAUCUUACAUUCAUCUUCACCAUGCUUCUGCCCCCAAACCCUGCCAUAUGGACAUUCCACGGCCGAAUUCCGUGUUUCAUGCCAGACCCACCAGCGUUUUCAGUACCGUGAGGUUCUUCGCUGCCCCUGUUCAGUUUCAGGUAAAGAACAGGAACGAGGAGGAGGAUCCAAGUGAGCGACGGAUGAAUGAGAAAAUCAAAGCUCCUUAUGUCAGGCUUGUUGUGGAUGAUGGCCAUCAUUCAAUAGUACCAAGGCUUGAAGCAUUGGAACGUGCCAAGGCGCUUAAACUUGAUUUAGUUGAGGUUGAUAAAAGUGCUCAUCCUCCUGUCUGCAAAAUUAUGGACUACCACAAGGAAAUGUAUAAGCGACAUGAAUGGGAAAAGGACCGUGCUAAAAGCAAGGCUGACACGACAAUACGAAAGGAUGUUAAAGAAGUGCGAUUUUCUGAAAAAAUUGAAGCAAAGGACCUGAAGAACAAAGCAGAUAUGGUUAGAAAGUUAAUGGAGAAGGGUUAUCGAGUGAAGUGCAAGGUAUCAUCAAGCAAAGAAAAUCUGGACUUGACAGCAUUAUUUUCUCCUUUCAUUGCUCUGCUGGAAGAUGUGUGCGUUGUGGAAAGUGGACCAUUUAUGGCAAAAAAAGAUGCAUAUAUGAUCGUCAGACACAUUAAGUUUGGGGCUGCGAAGAAAAGUGGGAAAAAAUUUCAUAAUGCAGCAAAUACUGUGACUCAGGAAGGUAAUGCAGAGACUUCAACAGCCAAUCCUAGUGAUUCUGUUGAAUAUGAGAGUCAUGCAGAAUCUAGAUUUGAAACGGAGGAAGACCCCUCUGAUGCUGCAGAAUCACCCUUUCUGUCAAGAAGUAAUGAUCCAGUAUCUCCUCCUGUGUCUGAAAACAGGUAUAGGAGAACUAAUCCUCAAGGUGAAAACAACGUCCAAUCUAAGGCACAAGUGCCUCCUGCUGAGACUGAAAAUAGGUACAAAAGAGUAGAGCCAAGAAACAGAUUCCAGCAAACCUCAAAUAAUCCAGGUAUGAACAAUUACCAAGGUCCUGGAACAAGAGACACAUUCAGGCCACCGCCGCCGCCGCCGAAUUGGAAUCGGCCAAGGCAAGCGCCGGGGAAUGUUAAUGUUGAUACCAGAAUAGAGAAUAACAGGCAAGCUUUCACUCCUCCUGGAUCAAGACACUCAAUGCCUUCCCGUGAGAAUAUCCACAAUCAUCCUUCAAAUGCUUCUAAUACCCCUAGACCUGGUUAUGGCAAUUUUAGAGGUCCAAAUGGGGGUUAUGCCAAUCAUGCUGGUGCUCCCAAUACCUCAAGACCCAGUUAUGGCAAUUUCAGUGCAUCAAAUGAUGGCAUCCCCAAGCAUCCCAAUGCUCCUAAUUCUCCAAAGACCUUCUAGUUGUGACAUUUUUAGUCCUCCAAAAUGCCCUCAAACACAAGGUGUAUCAAAGUCAAUAGCAUUCAACAAAUAAGGAAUGUUAGCAACUCAAAUAGAGUAUGGUUGUAUCAAAGUUGACCUACAUAGGAUGGUUCAUAUAUUUGAAGUACAAAUCUGGUGCAGUGACACAUUACAUUACACUCUUUAGAAAAUGAGGCGAUGGGUGAAAUUCUUCCCCACAAAGUGCUUGCAGCUGUAUUUUAUUUACCUCAGAUGACCUUGUCUGGUGGGAAUUUUGUAUCAUCUGAUGUUGGUAGUAUUAGAAUGGAAGAACAAUUUUGGAUUGUUUAUUUAUCUAACGGUAGAGACGUGGAAUUUUUUCUAUCCACUCAUCACUGGAAGUUUUGAUCUGUUUGUUUAAUAAUCAUUCUUUCCUACGAAUAAAGUUAUUAACAUUGUAAUACU